UAAGGUGGAAGCUGGUGGGGCGAGAAAGAACGAGAGAAAAUAAAACAGAUGAACAGCUGGAUUGUUCCUCUGACUACGCAAUGGGUACAAAAAGAGCUUGUAAAAGUUUGGAGUAGGAUCAGCUAUCACAGCAACUAAAAGACUUCAAUGACAGUUGACAAGGGACUUGCAAAAGCAGAGGGUCAGAUUUCUUCUAAACCUCCACAGGCUAGUUCUGGACAAAGGGAGGUUCAGGGAAGGGUAGAAAAUGUUGGAGGCUGGAUGCUGGGUUUAUAAGCGAGCUCCUGUCUUCUGGCUAUGUAAGGUGUGAAGGGGCAGGGCUAAGGAGAUGGCUCAUUAUGUGCUCUGCUGGAGGGGUGGGGCCUUGGAGGAUAAUUACAUGUAUGCCCCCCACCCUGCCAUAUACCGAGAGAGGCCGCCCCGUCCGGUGUCUGAGUCCGAUUCAGUGGUGGCUGAGCGAUUGGCUGUGGGCGGCACUGAAACUCUGACCAAUGGCAACAAAUCUGAUCUCCAGGCUGCAAAACGGUUGGCCAAACGUUUGUACAGUCUUGAUGGAUUCAAGAAGUCAGAGGUGGCACGUCACCUGAGCAAGAACAAUGAUUUUAGUCGCAUGGUGGCGGCGGAGUAUCUCAGUUAUUUUAACUUCUCAGGGAUGACGGUGGAUCAGGCAUUAAGAAUGUUUUUGAGAGAGUUUGCCUUGAUGGGAGAGACACAAGAGAGGGAGCGGGUAUUAUCCCAUUUCUCUAAAAGAUACCUCCAGUGCAACCCGAACACGAAACUAAAUGAAGACAGUAUUCACACACUGACUUGUGCCCUGAUGCUGCUCAACACUGAUCUGCAUGGUCAGAACAUCGGGAAGAGGAUGUCCUGCACGCAGUUCAUAAGUAACCUGGAGGGGCUAAAUGAUUGCCAAAACUUCCCAAAAGAUCUUCUCAAGGCUCUCUACAACUCGAUCAAAAAUGAAAAGCUGCAGUGGACAAUCGAUGAGGAGGAACUGCGGAAGUCUUUCUCUGAGCUGGAUGGCAAGAACGACUCCACAUCACACACAAUGAAGCAGACCAGCAGCGGUGGAAACCCCCUCAUCAGUGUCGCACAGCAGUCCAGCGCUCAGGUCUACAUGAACGGCUUUCUCGUGAGGAAAGUUCACGCAGAUCCUGAUGGCAAGAAAACCCCACGAGGUAAAAGAGGAUGGAAGACAUUUUAUGCUAUUCUAAAAGGACUGACCCUCUUCCUGCAAAAGGAUGAAUAUCGUCCAGAUAAGCAGCUGUCUGAUGAGGACUUGAAGAAUGCAGUAUCAAUCCAUCAUUCUUUAGCCGUGCGGGCAGCAGACUAUAGCAAGCGACCCGAUGUGUUUUACCUUCACACUGCUGACUGGAGGGUCUUUCUUUUCCAGGCAACCAAUGCAGAGCAAAUGCAGUCCUGGAUAACCCGCAUCAACACGGUGGCAGCCAUGUUCUCUGCCCCUCCCUUCCCAGCAGCCAUUGGCUCCCAAAAAAAGUUCAACCGCCCUCUUCUGCCAGGUUCAAACACCAAGCUCCCACAGGAGGAGCAGCUUAAGUCUCACGAGACACGGUUUCGAGCCAUUUCUGCUGAGCUCCAGGAACUACGCUCUUCGUCGCAAGACCGCAGGACUAGAAGCAGGGACCAAGAAGAGUACAAGCAAAGGGAAGAGUAUCUGGACUUUGAGAAAACACGCUAUGGAACAUAUGCAAUGCUUCUGAAAGCUAAGAUCCGCAUAGGGGAAACAGACCUGGAGGCAUUUGAGGUGCGUUUGUUUGACGACGGCGGCCUGCAGAGGGCUCACUCCAGCCCCAUGAUACCCCAGGACAACAGCCACGCCAGCAGCACCAGAGCGUCGAGCAGGAGCAGGAGCAGCAGCGCCAGCAGCAGGAGGAUCAAACGCUCACACAGUCAGAGACACAGCUACAGACAGGCUCUCAAACUGUGAGAAAGCCCAAGCGGAAGAGCUUGUUUAUCUGCAUUCAAGGGCUGAAUAUAGAGCGUUACCAGGAUGGCUGCAGUUUACCUUGAUGUCUGCUCUAAAGUCAUCAUGAUUAUGAAACUGUGAUUGGGGUUGCUAAGCCCCAUGUGACUGCCGGUAAAGCAUGCUUUUCUGGCCAGUAACCGCAAGCCCAUAUCUGCCAGACGGCAGAUGAGAAGGAGCACCAGCCUCACGUUGUCUUAUUUCUGUCAGUCUGUGUUUUCACCACGAACUUGUUUGGUUUAUCUGUGUAUUCUGCUUGCUGAUCGUCAGUUUAGCACUUGUCGCUUUUCAAGCUGAAGUGCAAAUUUAAUUUGGUGGCCCUGGGAGAGGCAGCCAAAUGAGAAGUAAACCUCUUUUUUGUGUGAACAUACUGUUCACUUUAUAUAUUUAAAGCAUUGUAGAUUUAGCUUUUUAAGGCUAUCAUUUCAUCAUUUGAGGUCGAUCAAGCGCUUUAACUCGUUACGGGAAGUUUAGUUCUUUAAACCUUCUUGAAGCAUGUCUCAAAGCAUGCCUAAGAUGUUUGAAGACAAUCAGUUCCUCAUUUGGUACAGUUACUAAGAAUAUGAAUGCAUUAUUUUUUAUGAUAACUGUUCAGUGAUAAUGACAAAUGCAAAUAACACGUUCCUUGUGAACAAUAGGUGCGCUUAAUCGUAUUGUAUGAAUGUGCACUUGAAGUACUUCAAAUCUUAAAAGUAUAUUUUUAAGAAACUCUACUUGAGGGUGAUAGAAUAUUAAUGAAAUUAAGGUCACUUAUGUGCAUUUAGAGUACUCUUUCUUGACUUGUUGACAUUUAAGAUAAAUAUCUUAAAUGUACUUAAUUGCAACUUUAUUCCAAAUGUGUAAUAAUAAGAAAAAAAUAUAUAUAUAUGACAAGUUUCAAUUGAAUUGACAUUAAAGUGUAUGUAAGGGCUUGUCAGUAUAUUCGGCAAUACAUUGUAACCAUAUUUUAACGUCAAUUGAAGUAAUUAUGAAAUUACAGAGAAAGAUAUGCAAAGUCCUACUUGAGUAUAUCAAACAUUCACUCUUAAAUGCACCUAAUUGCAUUUAAUAUAAUAUUGCAUUUAAAGUAUAAUAUUAAUUUUAUAAUAUUAUCAGUUAAUUGCAAAUAACAUGCAGUUAAGUGUCCAGUAAGUACUCUUUUUAAAAGUAUGCUGAAGUGCACUUCUUUUUCACAAGGGAUUCCAUGCCGUCAUAAUUUCGACAGUAAUGUCUGUACAAAAUGAACAAUCACCAUGUGAAACGGAUGUUAAAAUUCAUCAACUCCAUUGUAUUUUUUUUUUUUUUUUUUUUUGUAUAAUGUGUAUUUAAAAUGUAUUGAGCUUGAGAAUGACGUGAUGCAAAAUCUGUGUUAAAACCCUUUGGAUAUGGCCAAGCCAUUGACUUCUCAGGCACUCUUUUUCAAAUGUAUGAUCAUUCAUUCAGUGCUGGGGUUAAACAGGAGGCACUAAACAAAGACUGCAUCCAAUACCUCAUUUGCGCUGAGACACCUGCUCAAGGGAGUGUCAUUUAGUCGGAAGUAAUUCUACCUGUUUACAAUCUGGUGUGUUCUUGUGUUCCAAGUCAUGCGAAGUAUUGCUUUAAAGGAGAGUGAAGGCAUGCCUCUGUGCUGCUUCUCAUAACCUCAUGAAUCGUCUUAUUGAUAUUUUAGAAACAUGAAGGAUCCAAGAAAUUGUAAAACCUGAAAAACAACACUCUAAUGCAAAUCCAGGUCAUGAGUAUAUAAACUGACUGUUAACACUGCCAGCAUAUUCAACAAAUUCAGACAUAAAGGACACAAGAACAAAAAAAAACGUAAUGAUUUUGACCUGAUCUGGGACCUGAAUUCCAUCAAAUGGCACUUCAACAGUGUUACGCUUCACUGCACUAUGAAAAAUAGGUGUAUAAAAUUAUGUAAUGAAGAGUUAUUUAUAUAUUUUGAACAUUUAUUAUCAGAUUGUUGAGUAUUUGUUUAUGACUUAAGCAUAUUGACUAAAAGGUUUAUAAACAAGUUUUUAUAGGGAACACUUAAGUAGUUUGGUGUCACCCAAAGAUUUUGCAGUAAAUUUAACUUAUUUCUUAUAACUUAGUUUUUAAGUUUGAUGUGUUAUCCAUUAUAGCUGUAUAUGUGAUUAUGUUACAGCCGCUCAGUAAAAAAUGCUAUAUAAUGUUUGUAUGUUUUGAAGGCAGAGGCAAAAUAAAUCCAUUUUGAAAGGAUAA